GAUGUGCUAAUAUUUAGGACGCUGGGGCUCAUGCGCUCACGCCUUUUAAAGCAAUAACAUCUGUAGACAACCUGUUGAAGCAGCAAAGAAUCGCAUAGUCAACAUUUUAGCACACCGAUAUGUCAACAAAAGUUGCAGUGGUGACUGGUUCCAAUAAAGGCAUAGGAUAUGCUAUUGUAAGGGGACUUUGUAGGCAAUUUAAAGGCGAUGUCUUUCUCACGUCAAGGAAUGAAGAACUUGGUAAAAAGGCAAUUCAAAGCUUAAAUGAUGAGGGCCUCUUCCCUAAGUAUCAUCAGCUUGAUAUCACAGAUCAAACAAGCAUUGAGAGAUUUAAAGACUUUAUAAAAGGUACUUACGGGGGUCUUGAUAUCCUGAUUAAUAAUGCCGGAAUCGCGUAUAAGCAAGCAUCAACCGCCCCUUUUGAGGAGCAAGCAGAAAUAACUCUCAAAACAAACUAUUUUGGAACUGUGGCUAUUUCAGAUGUACUUUUCCCGCUUUUGAGACCUCAUGCUAGAGUGGUAAAUGUAUCCAGCUUGGCCUGCAACUUUUCUAUAACAAAAUGUAGCCCAGAAGUGCAAGCUAAGUUCCUCAAUAAUGCCAUAACAAAACAAGAGUUGACGGAUUUGAUGAAUGAUUUCAUUCAAGCAGCAAAAACUGGAGAUCACGAGAAGGAAGGUUAUUCAAAUAGCGCUUAUGGAAUGUCCAAAGUUGGAGUUACCGUUCUUUCACAAAUUCAACAUCGCGAGCUUUCCGUAGAUCCCAGGGAAAACAUCAUUGUGAAUGCCUGUACUCCAGGAUAUGUAGACACUGAUAUGACCUCGCACAAAGGUCCAAAAACUAUUGACGAAGGUGCAGAUACACCUAUUUAUUUGGCUCUUCUUCCGGAAGGCACCACCAGUCCAGCUGGUGAAUUUGUAGCGGAUAGAAAAGUUAAGAGCUGGAGUGAAAAUACACAAAUUUCUUAACUCUUUCUGUUUAUAAAAGGUUAAACGGACAUAAACAAAUUCAGUAUUUGGUUGAAAUCUACAUUAUAUAUUAUUCAUUUUAAAUUUCUUAUUGAAAAAUAAUGUUUCUGAUAUUUUACAAUUCUUGUUAUGUAUAUAUUUUGUCAUAAUACAUGCUUUUCCCAAAACAUUUAUUAAACUAUAU